UCAGUUGUGAGUUCAAGCCACUUUGUUAACUGUUAUUUGCUUUGUCGUUCUUCUGCUUGAUCUUGCUUCAAAAGCUCUCAAAAGCCAAAGUUGAUCGAUCUCUUUCUUGUUUCUCUAUUUGUCUUUCCCUGUCUUUCUUUCAUUAAAAGUUGGCAGCAUGGCUGACUCGUUGAUGGGAGAGGCAAUUCAGGUGCUGUUGGACAGUUUGGCUUCCAAAGAAAUCACUGACUUCCUCCGAAUUCAUGAAGUUGACAAUGGAUUGCUGGAGAAGUUUAAGACAAGGUUGCAGUCUGUUACUUUGGUGCUUAAUGAUGCUGAGGAGAAGCAGGGCAAUAGCCAAGAAGUUGAAGCAUGGUGGGAUGAGCUUCUAGAUGUUGUCUAUCAUAUUGAGGAUCUCGUAGAUGAGAUCUCCACUGAAGCUCAGCAACAUGAGUUCGAUGCUGAACUCAUGGUGAGAUUAGUCCAGUUGGGGGCAUUCAUUUAUUAGGCAAGUGGGUUAAGAGCCACAAAAAGGGGAUAGAAAAAAAGAUGGGGCAGAUCCUUGCCAGGCUAAGAUCCUUAGCCAAGCGAAGAGAUGAGCUCGGUCUGAAGAAAGGAAUACCAAAUGAGAUGAAACAGUCCCCCAGCAUGCCCACAUCUCCUUCUGUUGAUGACUCUGAAGUAUUCGGGAGGGAUGAUGAUAAAGAAGCAAUUUUUGAACUGUUACUGUCAGAUGAUGCAAGUGGUGAAGAGUUGUCUGUGAUUCCAAUUGUGGGUGACGUUGGGAUAGGCAAGACUGCUCUUGCUCGGCUCAUUUACAAUGAUGAUAGAGUUAGAGAACAUUCUGAAUUGAAGGCCUGGGCUCAUGUUUCAGAUCAUUUUGACAUGUUCAUGGUGACAAAGGCAAUUUUUGAGUCGUUCACUAUGCAAUCUUGUGAUCUCAAGGAUCUCAAUUUGCUUCAAGUUAGAUUGCAAGAGGGCGUCCGGGGAAAGAAAUUUUUACUUGUUCUUGAUGAUAUUUGGGUUGAGACUUACCACGAUUGGGAGUUCUUACUAUCUCCCUUUAAAGGAGCUGCUAAGGGAAGUCGUGUUAUUGUUACCACAUGCAUACAAUCUGUUGCAUCAAUGGUGGGCACUGAAAGUGCUUACAUUAUGAGAGAAUUAUCGAAUACAGAUAGUUGGUCAUUGUUUACAAAAUUUGCUUUUGGAGAUCAAGACCUGAAUUCAUAUCCAGAACUAAGAGUUAAUGGCAAAGAAAUUGUGGAGCUGUCUGGCGGUUUGCCUUUAGCAUUAAGAACACUUGGGGCUCUCUUGGGCCUUAAGCUACAAGUGGAGGAAUGGGAAUCUGUACAGAAGCGCCUAAUACAUUUUCCAAGUGAAAAACGUGAGGUUCUCAGUCCAUUAAAACUGAGCUAUGAUCAUUUUUCUGUACAUCUAAAACGAUGCCUUGCAUAUUGUUCAAUAUUUCUGCCAGAAUAUGAAUUUGAGAAAGAGAAGCUAGUCCACUUAUGGAUGGCAGAAGGUUUUUUGCAGCUUCCUGGCGAAAGUCAAAGCAUGGAAGAGAUUGGAGUAUGAUGAUACCUCAGGCAUGAAUGCAUGGACCCGGCAUUUGUCACUUCUCAGAUGCAAAUAUGAUUGCCCAAUGAUAUUUGAGGCCAUCGAUAAAGCCAAAUUUGAAGAAGCUGAGCAUUAGUUUCUACUGUGGUACGAGAUUUCCAAGUUGGUUGGGGGAUUUUUCAUUCACUAACAUGGUUUUCCUAUGCUUGAGCAGAUGCAAGAAUUGCUUAUACCUGCCACCACUCAGACAGCUACCAGCUCUAAAAGUACUCAUUAUUGAACAGGUGGAUGGAGUAAAGAGGGUAGGUCCUGAAUUCAGUAGGAUGGAUAAGUCAUUUUAGUCUUUGGAAACUCAUUUGAGGGGAUGUUGGAAUGGGAAGAAUGGGUUCAUCUGAUGUUGAAGGUGGAGAAUUCCCUUGUUUGCACGAGCUUUCUAUACGAAGAUGCCCCAAGCUGAGGGAGAACUUACCCAAGCAAUUUCCUUCAAUAGUAAAAGUUGAGAUCUCUAAAUCUCAAGAGCUUGUGACUACACUUAUGACACAGGCCUCAAUUCACAAAAGGCUUUUACAUUAUCACGAUAAGGUUAUGUUCACAAGUGAUGAUAAAGUUGCGUCAUUCUCUGAGCAAAUGACCAUCUUUACAUCCGAAGGUGUUGUAGAAUCCUCACUGCCCCUGACUGAAGGUGCUACAGAAUGCCCCUUGACUCAAACUCAAACCUCGAACAACCAAGAUGGAAUGCAAGGCCUCUCCUCUUUUGAAAGCAUGAAAGUUUCAGAAAUAUCACAACUGUUGGAAUUGCCAUUAGGGUUGCAAAACCUCAAAAUUGAAGGAUGUGAUACGUACUCUGGAGUUCAUACCUGAAAAAUUGAUGGACAAAAUAUCUUCUCUCCAACAUUUGUAUAUCAUUAAUUGCUGUUCUCUCAAGUCCUUUCGAGGCCAUCCACCUACUUCCUUAAAAAGUCUUUAUAUCCAAAACUGCAGGGAAUCUAAGUUUUUCCUACCUGCAGAGAAAACAAACCAAUAUGAAGAACUUGAAUAUUUUUGCAUAGGGAAUAGCUGUGAUUUCCUGAUAUCCCUCCCAUUAAGCUUCUUUCCAAAUCUUAUAACUCUUUCUAUAUGGGAUUGUGCAAAUCUAGAAUCCCUUUCAAUGCCAGAGGAAAUUCAGGAAAAUCCCACGUCUCUUGAGGCCUUGGAGAUCAGGGAUUGUCCUAAGCUAGUGUCUUUUCCAAAAGGAGGAUUGCCUACCCCAAAACUGACAUCUAUUUGGUUCUCCAAUUGCAAGAAUCUCAAGGAACUGCCUCAUCAGUUGCACACACUCAUUUCUCUGCAUUCAAUGUUUAUAAAUAAUUGUCCAGAACUUGUGUCACUUUCAGAAACAGGUUUGCCUUCAAAACUAAGUUUACUCAGUAUCACUUUCUGCAACAAACUCAUGCUUGGGAAGGAGUAGGGUUUGCAUAAGCUUGCAUGUCUUAGUCGGUUGGAGAUUGAAGGCGAAUGUAAAAGUGUGGUGUCAUUUCUAGAAGAGAAUUUACUACCCAAUAGUCUCAAAUCUCUACGCAUCAGCGGACUUUUGAAUCUCAGAUAUCUGAACUACAAGGGGCUUCAACAUCUUACUAGUCUCAAGACAUUGGAGAUUAGUUUCUAUAACAGACUCCGGUCCUUACCAGAAGAAGGUCUUCCAUCCUCACUAUCUUUCCUCUGCAUCAAAGAGUGCUCCUUGUUGAAAUCAAAACUCCAAAAUAAGAUUGGAAAUGAUUGGUCCAAUAUAGCUCACAUCGCUUGCAUAGAAAUUGAUGAGGAAGUAAUCCCAUAAGCAAGUCUUUCAGCAAGGUACCGUUUCUACAUUUAGAUUAAUGACAAUUUGAAUUGCUGGACAUAAAUUUAAUUUACUGUACAUUGUGAAAUAGCUAUUGCACUUGCCAAUAAUCUUUUCUUUCUAUUCUGUAUAAUCUUGGGCUAUUUUGAAGACUCGUUAGGCCAACA